UAUUCAAAACAAACUAGGAAUAACCGCAAUUGGUAAGUGUGGCACUUUACUAUUGGCAACUUCUCUACCGAAUAACCGGACUCGUUCCCAGUCCUAAUCGGUCCACUAGCUCCGGCGCUCUCCGAUCAGAUUCCUGUUCAUCCUUCAUAUUCGGCUGCACAGAAAUUGAUCGACGCCGGCACCUUAAUCGGUUGCAUAAAGAAGUGAACAGCGGCUUCCAUUUUGUUUUUUCUAAAGGAAGAGAGAUUCCCCCUCAUCUACGUAGUUUCCCGGAGGCGGAAUGGAUUACGGCAGCAUUUUAGAUACAAUCGGAGGGGAGAUUACCGGCGUGAUGGCUCCGGUGUCCAUAUGCAUGCUUCUGGUUGUCCUCAUUGUUUACUCACUCUCUUCCCCCACCAACCCCACCGCCACUAUCCAGACUGCUGCAAAUCUCGUAUACCUAGAGGAUCCUUCUGAUUCCACUGCUCAGAAACUGGAAGGCGCUCUCCUCAAUGCCUUGGUCUUCGUCAUUCUCAUUGCUGUUGUCACCUUUGUCCUUGUGGCCCUCUACUACUUCCGCUUCACAAACUUUAUCAAGCAUUACGUUCGCUUCUCUGUCUUCUUUGUGUUGACCUCCAUGGGUGGUUCCAUCUUCCUCUCUCUUAUCCAGCACUUCAACAUCCCCAUUGAUGCCAUCACCUGUGCUUUAUUUCUUUUCAAUUUCAGCAUUGUUGGAGUCAUUUCUGUCUUUGCACAAGGGGUGCCUAUUCUGCUCAACCAGAUGUACAUGGUGGCUGUUGGUAUCAUUGUGGCUGUUUGGUUCACCAAACUGCCUGAGUGGACCACUUGGGUUUGCCUUGUGAUGUUGGCUUUGUAUGACUUGGUUGCAGUGUUGGCCCCUGGAGGACCGCUCAAAAUUCUGGUGGAGUUGGCUUCAACGCGGAAUGAGGAACUCCCAGCUCUAGUUUAUGAGUCCCGGCCUAGAGUUCAGAGGAGCAGAAGUCCUGGGGUUGGACUUUUGCUGGCUGGUUUUUCUAAUGGAAGGUCAGUUGAGCUUCAAGCCAUUUCUGGUAAUACCAGUAGUGAUGGCGAGGAUCAGAAUGUGAGUGGUUUAGUUGGUGGAAACAACCCACAUUCAGCAAUAAAUGUCCCAAAUGAAAAUAAUGAGAUUGAGGUUUCAACUGAGUAUGAAAUCGCGGGGGAAACAUCUCCAUUGAUGACUAGCAGUAAUUUGACAGAAAGGCAAUUGGCAAAUGGGGAGAUUAGGCGCAAUGAAAACAGAGAAACGAGAGAGAGGGAAAGUGAAGAAGAGGAGAGAGAGAGGGGGAUCAGGCUUGGAUUGGGGGACUUUAUCUUCUAUAGUGUGCUGCUAGGAAGGGCUGCAAUGUUUGAUCUGAUGACAGUGUAUGCUUGUUACCUUGCUAUCAUAUGUGGAUUGGGAUGUACACUUAUUCUGUUAGCAGUGUGCCGACAUGCUUUGCCUGCACUUCCAAUUUCAAUUGCUCUGGGGGUUAUGUUUUACUUUUUGACAAGGCUCUUGAUGGAGCCCUUUGUUGUUGGUGCUUCAACAAAUCUGAUAAUGUUCUGACCUGUGCUGCACAAAGCUGUUUAGCUGAUAACAAGUUCACUUGAAUUUGAGGAAUUUAUGUUUUUGGGUGGAAGAGAUAGCUUUGGUGACAGUUUAUUGCCAAUGAUUUGUAAAUUGAUAGAACUCGGAAGACUGAUUCUUGAACUGGUUUCUUUUCUUGAAGAAAUACUAGUAGUAUUAUCUCAUUUACAAUGGCACCAGAAUGGAUGUCUUAAAUUAACAUGUGAUCUCAUAGUACAGCAUUCUAUUGAAGUCAAAUUUGAUUCUGGUGAGUUUUUGUUGCAAUCCUUGCUAAUAUAGAAGGAUGCUUAACUGAA